AGGGAAGUGGGUGUGGUUUCAGAGCACCUUACAUAAAUUCAAAAGUAUAAAAGGAGUCUGAAACCCACACCUUGAAUCGAUCUCUGACCACCCCUCUUACACUCUGUGAGUUGAAAUCUCAAGAAGAAUUGUUUCGAACACACAAUACACCACGUACACCCGAGAAAUGCUAUCCAGUACUCUGAAGUACCUCUCUACCCCAAGGACUUUCCGUUUAUCUGUGGGACCUGCAGCAACAACGCUGUCCAUGUUCCAAAGAGGUUCUACACAGGAGCUUGAGAGGGCAAAGGAGACUUUCCUAUACCUGCGUGAACAUUCCUAUCUUGAUUUCAACUCACAUUACAAGUCAUGGAUGGAGUUGGAUCGUGGUGAGCAGGACAGGUUUAUCAAUGACUAUAUCAAGUUGCACGAGGCCACGGUGGUUCCAAGAUCACACCCAAGAUCAGUGCGCAAUGCCAUAAGACAGAUGUACAACGAAAACAAGGAUGUCGAUUUCAUGUUUUGCUACUUGUACGAGGGUCUGAAGGACAUGGCGCAUGAAAGUGAGCAGCAGGGCGACGUCUUGAGGGACGACACCUAUGACUUACUCGUUGAGCGAGAACACUGAUGGCUUCAAACAAACAUACAACACAACCUAUUUAUAAGACGUGGAGUUUCAGACCAACAAAGGGUCCUCUGUGCAAAUUAUUUAUUAUCUUCAGUGCUGGUUUCACUGACAUUGCUACUGUUCUUGAAGAACAUAACAUCAACGGAGAAAAUCAGCCUUAUUUAUAAGACGUGGGUUCACACACAUGCUCAUUUCAUUAUUUUUUGACCUGACAUGAUUUGUCUCGCUAUAACCUAUGCAGAGCUUUAUUUAUUUUCUAUUUAUUCCAACAUCAACGGCUUAGUCGGUCUUAUCGGCCCAAUAGUUGAAGAAGAAACAACUGUGAAGCAGUUUUAACGAAUUCUAACGACUUUCAUUUAUUC